ACUCGAGGCGUCGAGUCAAGACGGAGUCUCAUCUCAAUCCCGGUGGCCCGCGAAAAAACAACAACAUGCGGCUUAUUGUGAUCGCAAAUGUUUUGUGUUUGCUCUCCGCCCGCGCGAGAGUCAUCGACGACAAACUCAUCAUCAACGAUUACACGCACAACAGAGCGGAUCUACUAGAACUCGAACUCCACGAAUCCGUCGGAGGCAAACUGCAUCUCUCAGACAAAGAACAAGCCGCCAACGCUAUCCUCAUGCGCUUAAAAGAGAAAGAACUCGACCACUCCUUCAAUAACCCGCAGUUUUUCAACUUUUCUAGACCAUACUUCACGUACAAAGACGAUAUGAAACACUCUAAAGUGUAUCAAUUGAUCCGACGGAUGCCGAAAGGGGCGGCGUUGCAUGUGCACAGCUCCUUGAUGCUCGACGCGGAUUACUUGGUGAGCCUGACGUACGAGAACCACUUAUACGCCUGUCUCACAGACGACGAUUUAAUAUUACACUUCUCCAACGCCGAGCCGGUGCGACCUUGCCCGGUUAAAUGGAAUCUCCUGAGCACACUUAGACACGCAUCCGAUGACGUAGAACAAUUUGACGCAAAAUUAAAGGAACACUUCACUUUAGGCCCCGAAGACAAUAUGGGAUUUAAUACAAAUGUGAACGAAGCGUGGAAAGAGUUUAACAAAGUCUAUCAUACUAUUAAGUCUUUGAUAAAUUAUAGACCCGUAAGAGAAAAGAUGUUUUAUCAAGCUUUAAAGGACUUUUAUAAUGACAAUGUUAUGUAUAUUGAAAUACGCAGCGGUUUAUCAAGCUUAUACGAGCUCGAUGGCACUCAGCAUGACAAAAUAUAUUUGGCGGUUCUGUAUAAGGAAAUUACAGAGAAAUUUAUGAAGGACAAUCCAGGUUUCAUGGGUGUAAAGAUUAUUGUUACCAGAGCCCGCUCGGCAAGCGUGGAACAAGUGCGUGAAUCUUUAAAUCUGGCUCGUCAGUUAAAGAAGGCUAUGCCAUGCAUGUUCGCAGGUUUCGAUCUUGUUGGUCAAGAAGACAUGGGAAAACCUUUAAAUAAUUUCUUGCCAGACCUAUUAGGAGCUAAAGACGAGAUAAAUUAUUACUUCCACGGUGGGGAAACUAAUUGGUAUGGGAGUCCGACAGACGAGAAUCUUUUUGAUGCGAUACUUUUAGGAUCGAAAAGGAUAGGGCACGGUUAUGCCCUGAUAAAGCACCCAGCGCUUAUGAAAGCCGUUCACCGGAAAGACAUAGCCAUAGAAGUGAAUGUGAUAUCGAACUCGGUGUUGUCUUUGGUCCAAGACUUGCGGAACCAUCCAUUGGGGACGUACUUAGCGCUGGGUCUGCCAGUUGUCUUGUCGAGUGAUGACCCGGGAGUGUGGGGUGCAAAGCCGAUGUCGGAUGACUUCUACGUGGCUUUUGUGGCCAUCGCCAGUAGACAUGCAGACUUGAGAAUGCUGAAGCAACUAGCAAUCAACUCUAUUAGGUAUAGUGCUUUGAAUGACAAGGGAAAGACGACAUUGUUUAAAUCGUUUGAAAAGAAAUGGGAAGACUUCAUCGAUAGUGUUAUUAGUUGGUAGUUAUGUCGUAAAAUCGUGAUUACUUCUCGAACGAAAAGAAAGAGUGAACUGCAUGUAAGUACUGGAUUUUAUUUAUUUUAUAGGUAGACAAAUUAAUUGUAUUUAUUUAAUUGCGGUAUUAGAGUUUUAUUUAUACUUAAGUUUAAUUAUGUGAUAGUGAAUUAAAGACCAGUGAAAUGUGCUUACUUAUAUUGAAAAGCUGUAAGUCUGUGAGAGACGAAAAAUGCAAUACUAUAUAAGGAAUACUACACAAGUAAUUUAUUGAUAUGUAAACUAAAUAAGAUAAUGGACAUUAUAUACUUUCAAUACAUUCAUGUGUUGAAAAAUAAAGUAUUAUGUAAUUUAUUUAUAUAAAAAGGCAGACGGUGUAUUUUAUUAAACAAUUAAAGAAUCCGUUUUGGA